AUGGAUGAGAUUGUUUCAGAGUUUAUUAGGAGAACUAUUCUGAAAAUUCCAGUUGCUGAAAUUUUGAAAAUCCUGAGAAUAUGGAACUUUAUUCCAGAAAGUCAGCUGAAGACCAUAAACUUUCAAAAAUUCAAGGAAGAUGUCUGCCAGCAAGUGGUUGAGCUUUGUAAGAAGAAACGUGCAAGUAUGGAAGAAGCUGUUAUUUUAGACAUAAUUUAUCAUCAGACUUGCCAGAUCAAGAAAAUUUGGAUUGUUUAUAAAAUGACUAAGACCCCCGAUGAAGAGGUUGAUCUUUCUGAUAUGGAAAAAUUUAAAGAUACUUUUAAGAAAGUUCUUCAGAGGGCCUUAAAAAAUGUACAUAUCAGCUUCAGAGACAGUGAAGAUAAUGCAGUAUGGAUUCGAAUUGCCUGGGGAACACCUUACAUGCAACCAAACCAGUACAAAACUACUUAUGUGGUGUAUUAUUCUCAAACUCCUUUCGUCUUCAUCUCUCACUGCCGUGUUAAGAAGUACAUUCCAGAGCUCUGGCAGGCCCUGAUGACUGCUGGCAAUUACCAUAAGAUCAGACAAAUGGAACUCCGAAGUCUAUAUCUGGAUUCUCUUAAGUCUAUUGUUUUUAAACAGUAUAAUCAGGAUUUUGAAACUUACUGUCCUACACCUUUACAGGAAGGAAAUACUGAGAAUGAAAUAGUUGACCCAAGGAUCAUUAAUGAGAAUGUAAAAGAGAAGGAAAGAAUCCAAAGAGUGACACGGGAAACUUUUGGGGAUUAUGUCCAACCAAGAAUAGAAUUUGCACAGUAUAAGCUUGAAACCAAAUUCAAAAUUGACUCUAAAAAUGGCAUCUUGGCUGAAAGGGAAGAACCUUUCAGAUGUUUGGUUAAAUUCUCUAGUCCACAUCUUUUGGAAGCAUUGAAAUCUUUAGCACCAGCUGGUAUUGCAGAUGCACCACUUUCAUCACUACUUACUUGUAUACCCCACAAAGCAAUGAAUUAUUUUACAAUUAGAGAGAAAUAAGUUUUAUUUUGAAGAAACUUGAGUCCCUUGUCUUAUAUUCUAAAACAUUUCAGUUCUCUUGUAUAUGUAUCUCUCCUUUCUAUGUACUAAUAUUUCAGUAAUAGUCUUGAGAAAAUAAUACUUGCACUCUUAGUGAACCUGAUUCUUCUCUCUCUCUCUGAAAACCAAAUUGUUCUCCCAACAUGAGAGCAGAUGCAAAUAGGAUUGACUCUAGCAUUGGUACUGCAGCAGGACCACAAGUAUCCUAAAAUGAAGAGGACUGUGCAGAACUUAAGUGUUCUUAAGUUCUCUUAAGUUCUUAAGAACUUUGUGUACUUAAGUGUUCAUAAGCAGCAACUGCCAUAGUUUUUCCAUAUCUGUCCAACCCAUGGUUUUAUAGCUUGAUAUUCUUUAGCCUUGGCUUUCAAGAUCAGAAUCACCAAAAAAUAAACAAGUACUGCACAGAUUUUAUGAAGAGAAUAGGAAAUUGUUCCACUGAGUCCAUUAUACACUCAUAUCAUCAUAUUCCUUUUCGUGUGACAUAGAUUCAGAAAAUCACAGAAACAUGCAUAAACUGUGAAUAGUUUAAUUGGAACAUACUUAUGUUAAUUUUAUGUUUUAUUUUAUUUACAAUUCAUUCAAAGUACAUAUAAACAAAUAAAUAGAAGCACAAUAAAUAAAAAUGUGAAAAAGCUACAAAAAAAAAACCAAUGAUAUUAAUUAAACUUAUCUGGUUCGUAUGACUGAAAAAUAUGAUUUUGUGGAAAAAAUUGUUUUACUCCAUAAACCAACAAACAUAAACAGGUAAUAAAUGUUUACUGAAGGAAGUACUGUCAGUAAAAUAGACAGCAACAUUUGUCUUGCAUAAAUUAUAAUUUGGAUGACACUUUUUUCCAAGGGUACUAAUGAUGUCUUAAUUGUUGAAUCUGAUGGCAUUUUCUCUCUUAAGAUCUCCUUGAUCUCUGUAGAAUUUGACUAUUAACCAUUUCCUCCUGUAUAUCAUUUCCUUGGUUUUCAUGAAACUAUUCUGCUGGUUCUCCUUUCUGCAGACUAUUCCUCAGUCUCGUUAAUUAUGUCAUCCAUGAUUAAAAGCCCUGUCCUUGGUCCUCUUCUCUUUAUAUAUCCUCCAUUUUGAGUGUCUCAUUAGCUCUCAUAUUUAAAUAUUGAUCUCUAUGCAAAUAGUUUAUUGAUGAAGCAUUAGUUUCUACUAAGUUUCACAUUUGAACACAUCUUCCUUAUGCAUCACUGAUAUGAAACUCAUCUAAAAUAAAAUUCAUUUUCUUUUCAUACCACCUCCAAACCUGUCCUUCAUGGUACCAACAUCCUGUUUCUAGUUAUUCACAUUCAAAACUUUGUAAUUAUCCUUAAUUCUUCCCUUUUUGCGUUGUGAACUAGAUGAGAUAAAUUAAAAAUAAAUCCAGUAGUAUUUUAUUUUUCCAAUUAUAUGUAAACAUAGUUUUCAACAUUUUUUUUUUUAAUUUUGAGUUCCAAAUAUUUUCUUCCCCUCUCCCUAAGACAGUAAAUAAUCUGAUACAUGUUAUGCAUGUGCAUUUAUUUUGAAUGAAAACUUAAAAGGGAAAAGACAUGAGAAGGAGAAAGCAAACCAUAAAAAUAGUAUGCUUUGAUCUGCAAUGUCUCAGUAAUUCUCUCUUUUGGAUGCAGAUGGCAUUUUCCAUCCUAAGUCUGUUGGAAAUGUCUUGAAUCAAUGUAUUGCUGAGGAGAGCCAAGUCUAUCAGAGUUGAUCAUUAUAUAAUCUUCCUGUUGCGGUGUACAGUGUUCUUUGGUAGUACUCAUUUCAUUCACAUGAAAUAUUUUUUAAAAAGUAAUUAGCAUAAUGCUUGGUCUAGAGUAGGUACUCUAAAAAUGCUUAUUUCUUUCCCUUCUUCUUCUAUCACUGUCCAGCCAGUUGUCAAAUCUUAUUAAUUCUAAUUUUUUUUUUUUGAGGCAUUUGGGAUUAAGUGACUUGCCCAGGGUCACUAUGAAGUGUUAAGUGUCUGAGGUCAAAUUUGAACUCAGGUCCUCCUGACUUCAGGGCUGGCACUCUAUCCACUUCGCCACCUAGCUGCCCCCCAUAAUAUCGUUUGUGUAUCUUUUCCUAUGCUACCAUGAAUUCCACUUUAGUUUAGGUCCUCAUCACAUGUUGCUUGAACUAUUGGAACUGUCUAUCAAUUAAUCCCACUAGUGUCUCUUCCCCAAUCUAUCCUCCAUACUGCUGCCAAAAUAAUCUUAUAAAAAUAAAUGACUAUAUUCUCCAGCUCAGAACAGCUUCCCUCUUUACUCAGAUGAAAUAGAUUUUAUUUGGCAUAAUAAUGAAAGGCCAACUUGACAUCCUAGGUCUCUAAGCUUCUUACUGUAUUUCAUUGAAAUUGACCUUUGUGCUGUUCUCAACAUUCUACCCUUUACCUCAGUGUCUUUACACAGAUUGUCUAUCCUUGUCUAUCUGAAACGCACCUCAUCCUCACCUCCACUUUUUACAAUCUGUAGUUUUAUUUAAGGCUUGGCCUGUGUAGGGGACUAUGGAAAGCCCCCUCAUUUUUAGCACUCUCAAAUGCUUAUGUGUUUAUAGGUGUAUGUGUAAUUUUAAGUUCCUUAGGAGUAGGACUCUUUAAUUUUGCCUUUCUCUCCCCAGUAGUUAACAUUGUGCCCAACACAAAAUAGAGUUCAAUAAAUGUUUAAAUAAAUCAGUUCAGUUCAGUAA